AUCGUUAUAUUGCUCACACGUCCGAGCACUUUUUUCUCUCUCUCUCAAAAGGAAGGAAGCUGCAAAGGGGGGAGAGAGACUAUGAGAAUGAGGCUGUAGUGGUGGUAGCGAGAGAGAGAGAGAGAGAGAGAGAGAAGGCAAUGCAUUUCGUAGUUACGAUGCUCAGAUUUCGCCUGCUAUGCCUGCUCGUUUUCUGCUCAGCUUUCUCUUCUUCUUCAGCUGGACGUCCACCAUUUGCUAUGCGCAUAAGCUGUGGAGCUCGUCAAAAUGUCCAUACACCACCAACAAAUACGCUUUGGUAUAAGGAUUUUGCAUAUACAGGAGGGAUACCUACUAAUGCAACACGUACAAGCUUCAUCUCUCCUCCUCUUCAAACACUUCGCUACUUUCCCCUAUCUGGAGGUCCAGAACAUUGCUACAGCAUUAAUGGAGUGCCAAAAGGACACUAUUCUGUCCGGAUGUUCUUUGGAUUGGUUAAGCUGCCUAAUUUUGAUAAUGAACCUCUAUUUGAUGUUUCUAUCGAGGGCACCCAGAUAUUUUCUUUGCAGUCUGGCUGGAGCACCCAGGAUGACCAAGCAUUUGCUGAAGCCCUUGUGUUUCUUAUGAAUAACACGGCAUCUCUCUGCUUUCAUAGUACUGGUCAUGGAGAUCCAGCAAUCCUUUCCAUUGAAAUUCUUCAAGUUGACGGUAAGGCAUACUAUUCCAGUCAACAGUGGGGUCAAGGAACAAUUUUUAGAACAGCCACAAGACUGAGUUGUGGUACUGGGAAGUCAAAGUUCGAUGUAGAUUAUAGUGGUGAUCACUGGGGUGGGGAUAGAUUUUGGAAAGCCAUAUCAACUUUUGGUCAGAGUUCUGAUCGGCCUAGAUCUACUGAAAAUAGCAUUGAGCAGGCUUCAAAGUCACCAAACUUUUAUCCUGAAGCUCUUUAUCAGUCAGCUCUUGUUAGUACUGAUGAUCAGCCUGAUUUAACAAAUAUUAUUGAUGUGGAGCCCAAUGGAAACUACUCAAUUUGGUUACACUUCGCAGAAAUUGAUUCUUCAGUAACCGAUGUAGGGCAAAGGGUAUUUGACGUUUUGAUUAAUGGUGAUGUUGCAUUUGAAAAUGUAGACAUUAUCAAAAUGAGUGGGGGUCGUUAUACUGCUCUUGUUCUUAACACGACUGUUGCUAUUAAUGGAAGAACUUUGACAAUAACCUUACAUCCUAUAAAAGGUCAUGCGAUUAUUAAUGCCAUUGAGGUCUUUGAGGUUAUUAUAGAGGAGUCCAAAACUUUACCAGAGGAAGUUACGGCUCUGCGAACAUUGAAGAAAGCAUUGGGGCUACCUAUUCGGCUUGGAUGGAAUGGCGAUCCAUGUGUUCCCCAACAACAUCCGUGGAGUGGGGCAGAUUGCCAAUUUGACAGUACUAAUGGGAAAUGGGUCAUCGAUGGACUUGGACUUGACAACCAAGGUCUGAGGGGUUUCUUGCCUGAUGAAAUAUCCAGUCUGCGUCAUCUACAGAGCGUAAACUUGAGUGGAAACAACGUUCAUGGUAUCAUUCCAUCCUCACUUGGAACAAUAUCUAGCUUAGAAAUAUUGGAUCUGUCCUACAACUUUUUUAAUGGAUCAAUUUCUGAAACCCUUGGACAGUUGACAUCAUUGCGGAUACUGAAUCUUAAUGGCAACUCUUUGUCUGGAAGAGUCCCAGCUGCACUAGGAGGAAGGCUUUUACAUAGAGCUAGCUUCAAUUUUACCGAUAAUGCAGGGCUUUGUGGCAUACCUGGACUGCCUACUUGUGGACCCCACCUUUCUGUAGGUGCUAAGGUUGGCAUUGCUUUGGGUGCAUUGUUGUCAUUGCUACUCAUUGUUAUCUGUUCAGUGUGUUGGUGGAAAAGGCGGCAAAAUAUCCUCCGAGCACGACAGCUUGCGGCACGAGAUGCUCCCUACGCAAAGGCAAGGACCCAUUUAGCACGCGAUAUCCAGAUGACAAGGCACAACAACCAUGGCCAUUCUCGGACUGCUGCUGAAACCGGGCCUAUUUUGCUAUCAUGAUUAGACACCCAUCACCUUGGGUAUGCUCCUAUUUUGUGAACGGACACUUCAUUUUGCUUCAGAAGUCGAGGGACCGGUUCGUUGAUUCGGCCUUGCAGAUCAUCUUGUUCAGCUCAUGAUACUGUCUGUUUGUGCUUUCAAAUUCUUGAUAGCUAAUACCACAUCCAGAUCUUACCUGUGUGGCACCAAAAUCUCUAAUAUAAAAAUUCUUGUAUAUUGCUCCCAUUCUUUUUUCUUUUCUUUUCGUUCCAAUUUGUUAAAGAAACGUUGUGACAAAUAGAGAAUAGACACGUGUAGAAAUUGACAAUGCUUA